AUGAACGGAUGCAAUCACCUCCCAGGCAAUGUCACUGUCAUUCGAUCGAAGCACAAUGGCCAAGCGUGGAAUUGCUCCCUCUGUGGCGAUGCCGAACACAGCGCCCGAUACUGCCCCAAUAAUAAGUCCACCUCUGAGAACCGGCCUGCUUUCAGGCGUACUCCCCGGUGGCCUCUUACUCGGCGCAACGGAAUUAACAGCCCUCCACUCGCUCUGGCUCAGUAUCUGGACCUGAAAGGGGAUGAGAAGAGGAAGAGAUAUUGGAAUGAUAUAAAGCUGGCCACUCCCGUCAAUUCAUUACCAGCUAUUGUUAUACAUCAACUGCAUCUGUCUUCGGUGCCUGAGGAUGACUGGGACGACCUCGAUCACAUGCUUAGAAGGAAUGCCCUUGAGUACCUCCACGGCCGUGGCUUUGUCAUCGAGGAUGCUAUCCAUUGGGCGUGGAUAUUAUCCGCGCAUCGCUCUGACGAGAUUGUCGACCGGUUUCUUUCGAAAGCGUCGGAGCAUCCAACAUUCCUCCUUUUACAAGUCCUUCGUACAGAAAUCUAUCACGUGGAGAAUCUCAAAAAGCUCUUGUUGUACAUCUGGAAAUAUGUACUGGGAACAAGUAACCAAUUUGAAGCUCAAAAAUGCGCAUCUCAUAUCGGAAAUGAAAUGGAAGAAAAUGCAUUUACGGUCAUGAUUAGCCGCCUGUUGUCUCAGGCUCGGCGUAUUUGGCCUUCUGCAAUAGUCAGUAUAGCACGAAUCGUAUCGGCAUUUGUAGAUUCAUUGGUAACUCGAAAAGACCAAGAUCCGGAAAAUCUUGAUCCCGCGAUCCACGCUCGAAUUUGUCGGCUCAACAACUAUCUGCUUCCGCUUUUAGCUCUGCCAGCAUCCAUCCGUCCUCUCGACUCAAUGGCUUACAACUGGUCUGCGCAGAAAAUUCUCCUGGAACUAGCCGGACUGUACAAUCCGCCUCUCUUACUAGACCAAGCCAGCUACCGAGCUGUUAUCCGUGUCCAUGCUGCGUCGAGAAAGACAGCCAGGGAGUCAAAAGUCGCGACCUUGCGGCUGAGGAGCUGGCCACCGUGGCGAACCGAGCAAGAUGGUAUGGACGCUCAACGGUCUCCAGACGACGAUUUGAGCAAAGUCAUGCUGGCCGCAAGCCGUUCAAAUGAGGCCGGCUACAGGGAGACUCCUUUUGACAUGGCCAUGAAAAUCCUAGGGGGUCAGGAACAGGAUGGAACUCCUACGAUACAAGUCCGCAAAGUUGUUAAAUGGCGAGCCGAGCGUCCUGGGAAGCCCCAUGCCGAUCUUGACCGAUCGCUUGACCCGGGUAUGUGGGCAGCAAGAAUCGAAGCGACACGUGAUGUCAGAGAGGCGUGGCGUGCCUUUGCUGCUUUCCGGGAUGGUGGUGGAACACCAAACGCUAAUAUAUACCUAGCCAUGUUUAAGAAGCUAAAUUUCGAGCUUGCACGAGAGGGACGAGAAACUCGGUAUGAAGCAGUGCCCGGGGACGGGAUGGAGGUUUUGCCAGUACCGGACGACAACAUGAGCGACUUCUACAAGUCGCACAUGCAGCCUCCGACCAGUGAAGCUCUCUAUCGACAUAUGCUUUCUUCGGGGGUUGUGCCUUCUGGUCGGAUUCUAAGAUUUCUUGUUCAGCAUGCCCGAACCCCUGCCAGGGGCGUUGAGUAUCUCCGCGACAGCGGCUUGAAUAGCGAGGCGCUUGACUACCUCACGGGCGGGCGCAAUGCAUUCAUCCUGCCCAAGAAACCUCCGGAUGUUCUCAAAAAGGUCCCUGGACCUACUCUUGGUGCUUAUAUUGAACUCAUUUGCCGGUUUGCGCCACGAGCCGUUCUUACUCUUUCUGAAAGGUCGGAUACGUAUAGACUCAGCCUUGUUACAGCUGAAAUCGCCGAGUCUGAAACUCUGUUGGUGGCAUCCAGUCCCAGAAAAUGGUGUAUUCAGGAAGUUGAAAGGUCUCCAUUCCCGCGCCUUCGAGAUCCUUUAUACCAUGCCACUCGUUUACUCAAGGAAAUGCAGCUCAAAUCCAGACCAGCAUGGUAUAGCCUAUUCAAAGCACUUUCCCGCCGUAAUGUUGUAGUUUCCCGAAAGCACAUUGGCGGACCAAAGAACGACGAACUUGCAUGGAGCUCUACUAGGAUUGCCCUCCGUAACUUCCACGAGUGCGGUCUCGAGCUUGAUCCUCACGGGUUUAUUCUGAUUUGCAAUUCAUUCUUCAAGUUCGGCGAGGCGGCGCAUGACGUCGUCUCCGAUGAUUAUGAGGCAGCCCUGACCGAAGGCGCUCAGUUGUUGAAAGAAGAGUUUGCCAAGCUGUCCCGGAGCGAAGAGUCGCCGUACUUGAUCCCAAGAUUACUCCACAAUAUCCAAUCGGUCACACUGCAUAUAUAUGUGCGCUGUAUGGGACUAGUAGGGGACCUGAAUGAGAUUAUCUCUGUGCUGGAUUGGAUGGUUCAGAACCGGAAGGGAUUGGAAGAGAUUGAUAGGCAAAGUGCCAACGGUGCGAAGAUGUUGACCCGGACACUCGUAGCUGCCAGGAUAUCCUGUUACGGGACUGAGUUUGAGGAGAGAGCCGCUGGGUUAGUGGCGCAGGUCGAGCAUUGGCAAUGGCCCGACGAUAGCGAGCUUGACAAGUACAGUAGAAGCGACACAAGAGUCGAGGUAGAUGGAGCGCCCCUUGGUGAGUCCUCGUAA